GGGUGGGGAAGGAUCACCAGCGAGAUCCCGAGGCAAGUCUCGUGCGCCCGCCCCCGCCCUGGCCCCCAGCUCCCACCCGGUCGGCCCGGCUCAGCCAUGAUCAAGGCGAUCCUCAUCUUUAACAACCACGGGAAGCCGCGGCUCUCCAAGUUCUACCAGCCCUACAGUGAAGAUACACAACAGCAAAUCAUCAGGGAGACAUUCCAUUUGGUAUCUAAGAGAGAUGAAAAUGUUUGUAAUUUCCUAGAAGGAGGAUUAUUAAUUGGAGGAUCUGACAACAAACUGAUUUAUAGACAUUAUGCAACAUUAUAUUUUGUCUUCUGUGUGGAUUCUUCAGAAAGUGAACUUGGCAUUUUAGAUCUAAUUCAAGUAUUUGUGGAAACAUUAGACAAGUGUUUUGAAAACGUCUGUGAACUGGAUUUAAUUUUCCAUGUAGACAAGGUUCACAAUAUUCUUGCAGAAAUGGUGAUGGGGGGAAUGGUAUUGGAGACCAACAUGAAUGAGAUUGUUACACAAAUUUAUGCACAAAAUAAACUGGAGAAAUCUGAGGCUGGCUUAGCGGGAGCUCCAGCCCGUGCUGUAUCAGCUGUAAAGAAUAUGAAUCUUCCUGAGAUCCCAAGAAAUAUUAACAUUGGUGACAUCAGUAUAAAAGUGACAAACCUGCCCUCUUUUAAAUAAAAAAUUUAAAAGGCCACUCUCAGGUAAAAUCCGGGGGAAAUGUCAUCUAAGUUUACCAUGCAGUUGUUUACCAAAAAUAGAGGAGGAGAGGCUUAACUUUUGCUCUUGGAUUUAAGUCAAGGUACUGUAUAGAAGUUAUGUAAAAUCAGUAUGGAAGUUCAUUGUUGCUUUUCUUGUUCAGUGAUUUUGA